CAAAAACCAAAAAUAAACUAGCUGUGGAAGAUUUCAUUCACAAAGGCCCUAAUAUUUCCUUGAAAAAAUCGGCCGAAUAUGCCGAAUGCGACAAUACUCUGAUUAGGAAGCAGUCACACGCGGGCUGUAUAAAUAUGUGAAAGCUCAGAAGUCAGAACCAAACCCUCUCUUGAAAUAUUUCUUCCAUUUCUUCAUUCAUUUUUGCUUUCAUAUCUCCAAUUCGUUCUACAUAGACAUGAAUAAAUUUAGCAUUAUUUUUCGGGGCUUUCUAGCUCUAACAUAUUAUAUUUACUUUACCUUGGCAAGUGAUCCUUGUUCUUUGCAAGAUUUCUGCGUUGCUGAUGUUAAGAGCCCUGUGUUGUUGAACGGAGUAACUUGCAAAGAUCCCAAGCUAGUAACAGCCGAGGACUUCUUCUUCAGGGGAUUACACAAACCGGGCAACACCUCAAACCCCUUCGGCUCCAAAGUCACUCCGGUCAGCGUCGCCGUAUUACCCGGACUCAACACCCUCGGCGUCUCCAUGGCGCGAAUCGACUUCGCCCCCGGAGCCGUCAACCCUCCACUCAUCCACCCGCGAGCCACCGGCUUACUCACCGUUCUUAAGGGCACACUCAAAGUAGGGUUCAUCACUUCGAGCCCCGAAAACCGGCUUUUCACCAAGAUCCUACGGAAGGGUGACGCGUUUGUUUUCCCGCAAGGGCUUGUUCAUUUUCACCAGAAUGUGGGAAAGACUAAUGCUGUUGCUCUAGCUGCAUUGGGAAGCCAGAACCCGGGUACCAUUACCAUUGGAAAUGCCCUUUUCGGGUCGAAUCCGCCCAUUGAUGAUGAGGUUUUGGCUAAGGCAUUCAGGAUCGACAAGGGAUUGGUUGAUGAAUUUCAGUCUAAGUUCUCAGCGCAGCAAUAAAGGAUGUCACAUUAUAUUCAUCGUGAAUAUUUUUUCCUGAAUUUUUAUAUUGUAUUUUCCAGCACGAUCAAAAUGAAUAAAUUUCUCAUAGCA